AGAUUUGCAGCAAUUUCUACUUUUGGGGUCGAUACAAUCCGCCGCUUCCACGAGAAUGUGUCCGAGAUGAAGAAGUUGGCAGCUCGAGACUUCGAGGACAUCCUGCAGUGCUCUAUACCGGCGUUUGAAGGCUUGCUUCCCGACCCCCAUAACAAGCGAUUGCUCAAGGUGCUCUACAAGCUGGCUGAGUGGCACGCGCUCGCCAAGCUUCGCCUUCACACCGAAGAAACACUGGCCAGGCUUGAGGUUGUGACACGCGAACUCGGACAGGCCAUGCGCGACUUCCGCGACAACACUUGCAGUGCAUACAAGACCUUCGAGACACCUAGUGAGAUUGCUGCGCGCGAGCGCCGCAAAGCGUCGGAGGCGAAGAAGGCAGCGGCUGCUGGUAAACCAGCGACAGGGAAGGCGCACGAGCCACGCUCAAAGGUACCGAAGACGCUGAAUCUCGCGACCUACAAGUGGCACGCUCUCGGCGACUACGUCAGCACGAUUCGCCUUUUCGGCCCAACGGACAACUAUUCUACUCAAGCGGUACGCUCCAAGUUAGUUCAAGUGACUUCCCACUAA